AUGCUUGUUUCAGCAAGAGUAUUCAGAUAUUGCUUGAUAAUUGCCAUUGUAGCCAUGUUGGUUUCCAUAAUAUCGAAAAGAUCCGUCCCAUUUGGUGGCAGUAUACUAAAAUCAUCAACUGUAAAAUCAAUACGAUCGUUUUCAUACACCAGCUCGUCAUCAAAUGGCGGAGAGGGCGGUGAUUAUUCAUCGUGGAGCUCUCAUGGUAGUAGCAAAUCAUACUCGACAUCAUCAUCAUCAUCAUCGUUCACGAAUCCAAAUGCACAAUCCACAUCUUCACCACCAGUUACGACCAGCACCGCUUCCCUAAAUUACGACAGUGCAUUGACAACGUUUUCCAACUACAGUGUUGCCGUGGCUUAUCAACCAAAAGAUAGAAAACCAAGCUCAAACAUGUUCAAGAAAUCUAACAGAAGUCCAGCUUUGGAUUCACCAAGUGGCGAAGAUAAUUUGUUUGUCUCCUCACAGGUGCUGGAUGGAUCAAUAGCAGUGGGGGUGGCAGAUGGUGUUGGAGGAUGGUCCGAAGCUGGGUAUGAUUCAUCGGCCAUAUCGCGAGAGUUGUGCUCAAACAUGAGAAAGGGGUUCGAAAGUGCCGGAAAUGCAUCAACAACACCAAAGUCAGUAUUGGACAACGCGUUUAAAGAAGUUUUACAAUCGGAAGCAGUUGAGAUUGGCGGAACUACAGCAUGUUUGGGAGUUUUCACUCCCGAUUUGAAAUUGCGUGUCGCAAACUUGGGCGACUCAUGGUGUGGAUUAUUCAGAGAGUAUAGGCUCGUUAAGGAGACAAAUUUCCAAACACACAACUUCAACACCCCGUACCAAUUGGCCAAAAUACCACAACAUAUAUUGAGAAAAGCAGCCAUGGAGGGAAGAAGAUAUAUUAUAGAUGAACCGAAAUUGGCUGAUGAAUACUCGUGGGAUUUGCAAAAGGGGGACAUAGUCAUGUUUGCCACCGAUGGGGUUACUGACAAUGUUGUUCCCAAGGAUAUAGAAAUCUUUUUGAAAGAUCAUUUGGAAGAUAAGAAGGAUGCCAAGUUGAAUGACGUAGCAAAGAAAUUUGUCAGUGAAGUGGUGAAAGUGAGUAAAGAUGGUAAUUUCCCUAGUGCUUUUGCCCAGGAGUUGUCUCGAUUGACAGGGCAAAAGUACUUGGGAGGGAAAGAGGAUGAUAUAACUGUUGUGCUUGUAAAAGUUGUAUAG